AAAAGCAAACCAAAACCACAGGAAGUAAACAAAGUUUGCUGGUUUGGCAAAUUGAAUGUAAAUAUUUUCAUGAAUUUAGAUAUUGUUGUCAUCAAGGAUUUCUCAUUUCAUUGAUCUCUAUCAAGUUGUCUAAGCACGAUUAGACCAUGGAGGGAGCACAACAAGAUGAUGGAGAUGAAGGCUUUGCUGAGGACAAUACUCCUGAUGAUGAAUUAGUUCCCAUGGAUGUUAACAUGACAGCAGGAGCAGAGGGAGAAGAUGAAGUAUUAAAUGGACCAAAAGCAACAGUGUUCUACACAACCGGUGACGAGGGGGAGGAAAAAGAAUUCUCUAAAGAGGAAGUGGAGGAGAUGAUGAAGUCAGACGCUUAUCAGAGGAAGAUCGACACAUGUCAUCUAUGCGGUAAGUGCUGGUAUGAUGGAGUCUCGAGUCAGAAUUGCCGAGAAUGUGGUGGUUACCCCUUAAAGCGCCCCUGUCCAAUCUGUGAUGGUCGGUGUAAGAAAGUGUGGACUAGGAAUGUCAAGUCAUCCCACUCUUUCCAUGAGGCACAUUGGGAAGGAAAAUGUAACCUCCCCACAAAUCUUCAGAGAGCUUACUUCCUAGAGAAAUUCACAGAUUCCUCGGAGAAGGUGAUCAUGGAAGGAAUGCAGGAUUUAUCCACAACGUAGUCAACUGACAGAUUUCUGAGUGACAUUAGCAUAAUAUAUGUGUAUUUAUAGCUUUAAAAGCCUGAAUGAUGUGAUACUUAUACUAAUUUUGCACACAGUAUGUAGACAUUUUGAUACAUAUUUUUCAUACUACUUGGGUUGCUGGUUCAUCUACGAAAGUGCAACCCCCCUGUGCUGUAUUUAUCACAAAAGCUUUUGAUUUAUAAUUUACUACAUUGGAGUCAGAUGGAUUUACUAUAAGAAUAACUUUGUUGGUUUUCUUUACACCCUAAUGCUAGUACUCAACCUUCAGAUUUACAAAAUUUAUUUCCGUUUGCUUUGCCAAUCACAAGUUUGGCAACAUAUAUCACUAGUUUGAAAUAGAUAUGAUGAGUAGAUGAUAAUCCUGUUUUACAUCUUAUAUCUAGCUAGGGUAUUGUAAAGUGAUACAAAAACUUUUGGAACCAUAUUUGAUGAAGUCAUAUACAGGAUAUAUGAAAAAUGGCCAAAUUGGAUAAUGGUAACAAAGGGAGGUAACUUCAUACUCCUGUAGGAGAUAAUCCAUAUUUAUACAUGGGCCAAUAAAUUGUAUUCUAGAUUCUAUGCUAUUCUAGAGUGAGGUUGAAUAAAAAUCGUAUACACUUCCAAAUUUCAUAUAAAAGUCUUUCAUUGUAAUGCAUGUGUUGUGUUGACAUAUUUCCGAUAACAUUUGUAGUUUAUACUUUCACUUUCACACAAGUCGUCAAAAUAGAUACAUGUAUAAAUAUUAUUCUGCUGUUUGCAAUCCAGUCAUGAUCAUGAUGGCAAAUUAUAACGUACAUUCUCAAUGUAUUGCUAACCUGCCUGUAAUUCAGCAGUAUUCGAUGACAGUGCAGGGCAAAAUCGGUUUUUACUCGUAUGCAAAUUUGAACAAAUAUAUGACAUUAUAUGGAUGUCUUUUUUGUAAAAGUUACCUGUUCAUCCAACAUUUUUUGUAUACACGUAAAUUCUUACUGCCAAAUUGUUUAUGAUUUACGGAUAUUCGUAUUCCACCGACUUCAUCUGCUACAUACCGUUGUUUCUGUGUACCUACGGGUCCUGAGCAGCUUACAACUCAUUCUUCAGGUGCAAAGAAAAAUAUGUUCAUCAAUUUCAUUAUAGUGGGGAGUUGUGACAGACGAAAUUCUACUGAAUAUUUUAAAAUACACGUAUUGGAAAUCAUAAUAUUUCAUGCAGAGGUGAAAGUUUUUUUCAUUAAUGGUUGAACAAAUCCUUUCGUAUCAACAGAAUGAUUGUCGCUAUUAUAUGCAUGUAUUGUACUGCUUCAUUAUAAUUUCUUUGUAAACAUUUUUCUUGCAUAUGAUGUAUGUUUUUGUUGUUCAAAUGAGUUACUGUUUGUGUCAAAUAGGAAAACACAGACUUGAUAAUGUCAUGGCAGAUAUUAACUAAUAAACUGGCAUUUUUCAGA